AAUAAUGCAAGAUACUUUGGGUUCCCUACAACAUUUUCUAGGUUCUUAUUGCAUGUAAAUUCUAGAAGCCCUUUUUAAGUCAGUAAGAAUUUCUUCGUACAUUUAUUAAAAGAUCAAUAUCAAGGCGGAAAAGCUUCUUUUAAAGACAGGAUUGAACCAGGAACCAAUUCCGUGGGUGGAAUGAGGAGAGCGGCAACCCUACUGUCCAAUCAGAACGCGGGGCUUGCUAUAAAUACUGGGAUUUCUUGCGCCUUAGCUCAUUUGUGGAGUAGUGGACUCCCAGCUAUGGCUCGUACCAAGCAGACUGCGCGCAAGUCCACAGGCGGCAAGGCGCCGCGCAAGCAGCUGGCCACCAAGGCCGCCCGCAAGAGCGCGCCGGCCACCGGCGGAGUCAAGAAGCCGCACCGCUACCGGCCCGGCACCGUGGCGCUGCGCGAGAUCCGCCGCUACCAGAAGUCCACCGAGCUGCUGAUCCGCAAGCUGCCGUUCCAGCGCCUGGUGCGCGAGAUCGCGCAGGACUUCAAGACCGACCUGCGCUUCCAGAGCUCGGCGGUCAUGGCGCUGCAGGAGGCCUGCGAGGCCUACCUGGUGGGGCUGUUCGAGGACACCAACCUGUGCGCCAUCCACGCCAAGCGCGUCACCAUCAUGCCCAAGGACAUCCAGCUGGCGCGCCGCAUUCGCGGGGAGAGGGCAUAAAUGUCUACUGGCCCAAAGCCUGCACUACCCAAAAGGCUCUUUUCAGAGCCCCUCAGUUUAUCACUGAAACGGAGCUGUUCCACGUACAAUCCUACGGUUGGAACCCGGUUCUGGAAAGACCACAGGGAGGUGUUUUAACCAAACACUUGCCAACUAACUGGAUGAUUUUCCAGCCUUACACUGGGAAAGUAGUUCCUGUGGGAAAUUGCCCAUACUCGGGCUUAACGGUUUUGAGGCGGUGGUGGCACAGGUGGCCUAAGAUUUUGGGUAGUUGGUGUCUACUGUGGGUUGUUAUUGCAGUCUUUGUCCUAGACCACAAUGAACAUUGGCUGCUUAUUUCACCAUGUGCACAUGGU